AACUGUCAGUGUGAGAAAAGCAUUUUUUACCAACUGAUGAAAUACAGAUGUCGUCUCUACGGAGUGCACGCCUGUUGUGCGUGCACAAAAAAGCACAUGCCUGUUGAAUAUAAAAAUCCUCCGUUCAUUACAUUUCCGGUCAUUUGAAGCCGAGAGCUGAAAGCGUGGAGGAAUAGUUUUUCAAAAUGACAACCAUAGGAUUAUGUUGGACAUAACUUUCCACGGCCUUCAAGGAAACCUGCUCUAUCAAACUUCUCAGCUUCUCUGACUUUCUUCUUUCGUGAUGACUGACUGGAGUUGGGUGGCCUACACAGUACUAGAAGUGCUGAUUGCCAUUUCCUGUUUCCUUGGCAAUGCGUUGGUGGUGUGUGCGGUGUGUAUUGGCAUCCGGGAUUCCCUGCGAGAGCCCACUUUCUGCUUCCUCGUAUCCCUGGCAGUGGCUGACUUCCUGGUGGGUGUGGCGGCCGUGCCCCUGGCUGUCCUGUUGGAUGGCUGGGUGAGUGUGACCCCUGACCUCUGCCUACUUCUCAGCUGUGUUGUGCUCGUGCUGACUCAGGCCUCUGUGCUGUCACUGCUCGCUAUCUCUGUGGACCGAUACCUCCGAUUACACAUUCCCCUCAGAUACAAAGCCCUGGCCACACAAAGGCGUACAUGGAUGGCUGUUUCUGUGUGCUGGACUCUUUCCUGUAUACUUGGGUUCACCCCUCUGUUUGGCUGGCGUAACUACUCCUCACUAACAUCAGAUUUCACCAACACAUCCUCCUCUUCCUCCAUCUCUCCACCCUGCACCUUCCUCUCAGUUAUUUCCCUCCCCUUUAUGGUUUACUUCAACUUCCUGGGAUGUGUCAUGGCCCCCCUGCUGGUCAUGACCCUCCUCUACACUCGAAUCUUCCGGAGCCUGCAGGGUCAUCUAAAGGAAAGCUGUCCCCAGGCCCAGGCCUCCCUGCUGCGGGAGAAGAGGCUUGCCUGCUCCCUGGCUCUGGUUCUCAUUUUGUUUGCCGGCUGCUGGAUUCCUCUGCACCUGAUGAACUGCCUGCUGCUGUUUCAGGGUCCACAAGCUGUGACACGGGGGACACUCUAUACAGGCAGGUAUUCUCCUGUCUCAUGCCAACUCAGCAGUCAACCCUGUGGUCUACGCUUGUCGCAUCCCAAAAAUCCAACAGGCCUACAGUCAAAUAUGGAGACGCUUCAUUGUGAGGCUGAACUGUUGCCAUGGGGACAAGCAAGUUUGCCAAUCAAUAAAAGGCAGCCGAGCCAAUCACAUAGAGACGUGUGGAUCAGGAGGGAAAAGCACACCCUAACAAAGGACUACAUGCUUUUUAAGUCCCUUAUGUUUCAGUUUGGAGUUCAUUAUACUUUUUCGUAAGGUUUUAUUGCCCACUCACACAAAAAAUCUGAAAAUCACUCAA